AUGGUCAACUCCUGUUGUGGCUCUGUCUGCUCUGAGGAAGGCUGUGGCCAAGGCUGCUGCCGCCCCAGCUGCUGUGUGUCCAGCUGCUGCAGACCCAGCUGCUGCAGACCCAGCUGCUGUGUGUCCAGCUGUUGCAGACCCAGCUGCUGCCGUCCCAGCUGCUGCCGCCCCAGCUGCUGUGUGUCCAGCUGCUGCCGCCCCUGCUGCCGCCCCAGCUGCUGCCGCCCCAGCUGCUGCAUCUCCAGCUGCUGCCAGCCCUCCUGUGGUGGUUCCAGCUGCUGCAGUCCUUGCUGCCAGCCCUGCUGCCGCCCCUGCUGCCGCCCCUGCUGCCGCCCCUGCUGCUGCCUGCGUCCAGUCUGCGGUCAGGUCUGCUGCCAGAGCACUUGCUACCGUCCCACCUGUGUCAUCUCCACCUGUCCCCGCCCCAUGUGCUGUGCCACCCCUUGCUGCUGCUGA